AUGAAGUUCUUAAUAUUAUUAUUACUAUUAUUAUUAUUAUUAUUAUUAUUAUUAUUAUUAUUAUUAUUAUUAUUAUUACGAUCAUUAUUAUUAUUAUUAUUAUUAUUAUUAUUAUUAUUAUUAUUAUUAUUAUUAUUAUUAUUAUUAUUAUUAUUAUUAUUAUUAUUAUUACGAUUAUUAUUAUUAUUAUUAUUAUUAUUAUUAUUAUUAUUAUUAUUAUUACGAUCAUUAUUAUUAUUAUUAUUAUUAUUAUUAUUAUUAUUAUUAUUAUUAUUAUUAUUAUUAUUAUUAUUAUUAUUAUUAUUAUUAUUAUUAUUAUUAUUAUUACGAUCAUUAUUAUUAUUAUUAUUAUUAUUAUUAUUAUUAUUAUUAUUAUUAUUAUUAUUAUUAUUAUUAUUAUUACGAUCAUUAUUAUUACAGUUAUUAUCAUUAUUAUUAUUAUUGUUAUUAUUACUACUAUUAUAG